UCUCGGCAGCAUCUCCUCUCUCUCUCUCUCCCUCUCUUUCUCUCAACAUGGAGGUUCCGGAGGAUGCUGAACUCUGCUUUCCCCACAUCAACACCUCCUGCAGGAAGACGACGGGUCCUUACGUGGAGACCAUGCUCACUUACACUGUGCUGUCCUGCAUCACGAUACUCACCGUAAUCCUAAACCUGCUGGUCAUCAUCUCUAUCUCGCACUUCAAGCAGCUCCACACCACCACCAACCUCCUCCUCCUCUCUCUGGCUGUCGCUGACUUCCUUGUGGGUCUCCUGACGAUGCCACUUCUUCUCCUAAACAACGAAGGCUGCUGGUUCUUGGGCGACAUCAUGUGUGUUGUGCAUUAUUUCUCCUCUGGCCUGGCUAUCAGCGUUUCAGUGGGAUGCAUGGUGCUCAUAUCAGUCGACCGCUAUAUAGCAAUUUGUAACCCCAUGUUUUUUGGAUAUUCAGGGAUGUCUUAA